AUGGCUAGCUUAGAUACAAGGAUAGACCUAGGAGGUCAACAAAAUUCCUGGAAUGGAUCUGAUGGCUCCUUAAAACAUUCCGAACACUUGAUUUCACAUAGGAAAAUAGUUAGGAGAUGGAAUCAACUUUCCAGAUUGCAGAGGUCCCUAGUAUACGUGGUUAUAUUGAUUCUAAUUACCAUAGUUGUAUUAUUAUGUACCUCAAAAACGUCUCAAGUAAUAAAUAGAGAAAAACUUACAGUAGAAAAGGAGUUGUCAAACGCUUCAUCACUUGUAACCGAUCCUCCACCAAAUGCGGAGCCUCUGAAAAAAAUUAAUAUCGACAGUGAGAUUAUACAAAAGCCAUUAUUCACAGGUCCGGGUAACGCUCGUCAGUAUGCAGUAGUUGAAUCAUUCAAGCACGCAUGGAAAGGCUAUAAGGAACACGCUUGGGGUCAUGACAACUUAAAACCAGUCUCCGGCAUGGCGUUUGAUUGGUUUUCACUGGGUCUGACCAUAGUAGAUGGAUUAGACACGGCUUACAUAAUGGGACUUAAUGAAGAAUUCCAAGAAGGCAAGGAGUGGAUUAAUAACGAGCUGAUAUUCACAAAACAGAAGGACGUUAAUUUCUUUGAAGUGACCAUUAGGGUGCUGGGUGCUCUAUUAACUAAUUAUCACUUUACAGAAGAUAAAAUGUUUUUAAAUAAAGCGAAGGAUCUCGGUGAGCGUCUGAUGUCAGCGUUCUCGUCUCCGUCCGGGAUCCCUUACUCGGACGUGAACCUCGGCUCCCGGACGGCUCACGCUCCUGAGUGGGCUCACUACAGCACCACCGCUGAGGCCACCACCAUACAACUAGAGUUCAGGGAGCUAUCUAGAUCAUCAAACAAUCCCGUAUUCGAGGAUGCUGCAGCUGCGGUGUCUGAAAAGAUUCAUCAACUGCCAAAAAAGCACGGUCUGGUGCCGAUCUUUAUCAACCCUAACACUGGUCAGUUUGCACCUCACGCCACCAUCACAUUGGGGGCACGUGGAGACAGCUAUUACGAAUAUCUACUGAAGCAAUGGCUUCAAACAGGAAAGACUAUAACUUAUCUGGUGGAUGAUUACAUGACUGCUAUAGAGGGCGUCAGAGAAUACCUCGCUAAACGUUCAUCGCCAAACAAAAGAUUAUUUAUCGGCGAAUUAUCCUCUGGUUCUGAGGCGUUCAAUCCCAAAAUGGACCAUUUAACAUGUUUCCUCCCUGGUACAUUGGCGCUGGGUCAUAUGAACGGCCUACCAGACUGGCACAUGACUAUGGCCGAAGAGUUACUUUACACCUGCUACCUGACUUACGCUGCCCACCCUACGUUCCUAGCCCCGGAGAUCACCCAUUUUAAUAUGGUGAGUACAACAGAGGAUAUGUACACAAAGACAGCUGAUGCUCAUAAUCUACUGAGGCCUGAAUUCGUUGAAAGCUUGUGGUAUAUGUAUCAAAUAACUGGCAACACCACAUAUCAAGACUGGGGAUGGCAGAUAUAUCAGAGUUUCGAGAAAUACGCGAAAGUACCCAAUGGAUACACAUCCCUCAACAAUGUGAAAUCUGAAAAACCGGUACUAAGGGACAUGAUGGAAUCAUUUUUCCUUUCAGAAACACUCAAAUAUCUCUACCUUCUGUUUAGUGACGAUAGAUUUAUUAUAGAUUUGAAUAAAUACGUCAUCAAUUCUGAAGCACAUCCAUUGCCAAUACACAAAAAUUAG